AAGCUACCACAUGGUUGUGUUUAUGUCAUGGAAUCCAAAUCAUAAAUUCAACCAACCACCUUCCGGUAAAUUUACACAUGAUCGGUCGAAGUGGGUAACAUGUCUCCGACAACUACCUUUAACCACCCCCAAUUUCAUUCCUGUUAAUUAAGGUCUCACAAUCCAGAACCCCCGUUCUCUUUCUCUCGCUGAUUCCUACUACUACAACUACCAGAAACUCAGACCGGUACAUCUAUGCUUCUCUUUUUCCUGUCAUGAACUGUUAUAAAUUCUUUCAUUUUUGUUUGCCAAAUUGAUUUCUCCACCCUCCCAAAAUUCAGGAAUCCGCUUUCACCAUGACAAACAAGUUUCUCUCCACUCCUCUUUCAACUUUCUUCAAAUUGAGACGAACCUUAACUUCAAUUCCCCAAGGUUUAUCUCCUCGCCUUAAAAUUCAACCUUCAUCACCACCCUUUGCACCACCGUAUGAUAUUCAUAAUCUCUGUCAUGGUUAUUCUUCACUUGGGUCUCUCAGAUUUUGCAGAAAAAGUUUAUGUUCAAAACCUGCAGAGAAAUUUCAAACCACAUGCUGGAAUUGCCACGCUGUUCCUCAAUCAACACCUUUCCUGUUCUGCCAAUCAUGUUGCUGCAUUCAGGCUGUUGAUCAUUCGAUUGACUAUUUCGAAAUUUUCGGGAGGGAGAAGAAGUAUGAUGUAGAUGGUAUUGAUUUGGAGCGGAAGUACAAGGAGUGGCAAAAGAAACUGCAUCCUGAUUUAGUGCAUUCUAAAUCUCAGAAAGAAAAAGAUUUUGCUGCUGAACAAUCAGCAAGAGUGAUUGAUGCAUACCGUACACUUAGCAAGCCUUUGUCAAGAGGGAUUUACAUGCUCAAAGGAGUGGAAAUUGAUGAGGAGCAGACAAUUUCAGAUCCAGAAUUACUAGCAGAGAUUAUGGAAAUCAGGGAAGAAGUUGAAGAAGCAACUAACUCCGAGGCUCUGAAUCACAUUCGCUCCCAGAUGCAGGAGAAACUGCAAAAUUGGUCUAAUGUCUUUGCUGAUGCUUUUAAAAGACGGGACUUUGAAGAAGCGAAGAAUGUAAUUAGGAGAAUGACUUAUUAUAGUCGUGUAAUUGAGGAAGUUAUGAAGAAGCUUUGAUGUUUUUUUUAAAAGAACAGAACAAUAACACCAUUUGAUUAAUAAUCAAAUAAGUAAUACAAGAAGAUGAUUCAUGGUUGAUAGAAAUUGUAACAACUAAGUAUGUAAUUAGUGUUAUUAAUUAUUAUAUAUUUUGAAAUAUAACAA